GGAAUGGACAAAAGCCAGUUUGAAUACAAAAUUGAAUACACAUUUGGACUGCCAUUACCACACACACACACACAGAAAAGAAAAGAAAAGAAGAAAAAAAACACCUCCAAUAUAUAAAUAUAUCUCACGGUUAGAAUUAAACUCCCACGGCAUAAAGGGAACCGCCGUGCAGUAUGCCGAACUGAUUGAGUGAACCCAGCUUGUUAUAACGAAGCGAGAGAUAUAGAAACCGCUGUAAUAAUAAUAAGCCAUAGGAUGGCAAUGAUGGUAUCUUUUCGUGUGAUACAAAUUGGCGAUCAGGAGCCACCGUCCCAUGCUUGCAGUUCAGCUAGGUAUCAGCCCCGAAGAGUUCAAAUUAAUAAGGUAUCGGUCAUUUUUUGUUGAAAGCUCAUGCUUUCAGUGUUGAUGUAAAGGGGCUAUGAUGUAUACGACCUGACGUAAAUGAAAGAAAGCAGGAUAACCUGCACUAUAUGCGCACAAGGAAGACGACCCGUGGAUUGAGAGAGAAGUGACGCUAACAGGCAGACAGACCAUUCUACUGAAAGCUAAGCGUUUGGACGGUCGAGACUGAUCAUGGCCAGAUUGCGCAAGAAAGCUUGCGUUGCCCUGUUUCUGUUUACCUUGUUCAUUUUUGGGACCAUGAUGGGCUUGAGGACAUUAAAGCCCAGUGAUGGCUUUUCGGAUUUAGCUCCGGGACUGAAGUUACUGCCGGUUGCUGCUGAGAGAAUGGACAGGCGUUCAGUCUCCAGCGAAGUCGUUGUGUCUCCUAUUCAUGUUCACGCUAUAACUAACAGCAAAGUUGUCUAUACGAAUUCCAGUCCUGAAGGUGAUAUUUACUAUGACGUCCAUAUAUUUUAUUACACGUGGUUUGGCACUCCAAAAUUGGACGGGAAAUAUAUACACUGGGACCACGUCUUGGUGCCACAUUGGGACCCUAAAAUUGCUGCUAGCUACCCCAAAGGAAGACACACGCCUCCAGAAGACAUUGGCUCCAGUUUUUACCCCGAACUGGGACCUUACAGCUCCAGAGGUCCAGACAUCCUGGAAUCGCACAUGGAACAGCUUAGAGCUGCUGCAGCAGGUGUGUUGGUUCUGAGCUGGUACCCUCCAGGCAUGGCUGAUGACAACGGAGAGCCGACAGAAGACUUGGUUCCAUCCUUAUUGAAUGCUGCACAUCGGCAUGGUAUCAAGGUAGCGUUUCACAUCCAGCCAUACAAAGGACGUACCGACCGCACUGUACAUGACAACAUCAAAUACAUCAUCGACAAGUAUGGAAAUCACGGGGCCUUCUACAGAUUCAAAACCAGCACCGGAAAGAUCCUUCCCCUGUUUUAUAUUUACGACUCCUAUCUGACGCCCCCUGAAGACUGGGCCAACCUUCUCUCCUCUUCGGGAUCCCACAGUCUCCGCAAAACCCCCUACGAUGGCGUUUUCAUCUCCCUGAUCGUGGAGGAGAGACACAAGGACGACAUUGUGUCUGGAGGCUUCGAUGGCAUGUACACCUACUUCGCUUCCAACGGAUUCUCCUUUGGCUCAUCCCACCAGAACUGGAAGGCCAUCAAAACGUUCUGUGACAUCAACAACCUAAUGUUCAUCCCCAGCGUGGGCCCGGGGUACAUAGACACCAGCAUACGGCCUUGGAACAACCACAACACAAGAAACCGGGUCAACGGGAAGUACUACGAAACGUCUCUCCAGGCAGCGCUCAUGGUGAGGCCUGAAAUUGUCACCAUCACUUCCUUCAACGAAUGGCACGAGGGAACGCAAAUAGAGGCGGCUUUGCCUAAAAAGACUUUGACUCGGAUGUACUUGGACUACCUGCCCCACAAGCCUGAUUUGUAUUUGGAGCUGACACGGAAAUGGGCAGAGCAGUUCAACAAAGAGAAAGAACAGUGGCUGAUGUGAGACUGUUUUGAGUGGCAUUGGUGUAGAAAACCCAAUGGCAGGAAUGCUCCCACAUGGCCUAUGCCUUUGAUUAACAUGUUCAUUUAUUCACUACACACACACACACACUCAUUCACUUACAUUUCAAAACUUGAUAUGAAUUAUAGUGAACUAGCAGUAAGACUACAGGAAUACAAUUUUGUGGAUGUCAUCAACAGAGACAUGGUAUUUUUAUUUUUCAGUCCCCUGCUCACCAAUAUACAUUGCCUUGUCUGAUCUGUUCCAUGAACGAGACUGAAGAUUAGCAGUUUUAAGAUUUUUUUAUUUCUUUCCUUGGUUAGUAGGUUAUCAAGGGGAAUAAGUCACUCUAACCCGUCACAAUCCAUAUCUAUUUUUUUUUGUUUCUGUGUUUUAGUUCCAAGGCAAAACAACACUACUAGCUGUGAACACAUGACCUGAAGAUUCAGAUGUCUGGUGCAGAAUAACUAGCAUUCAAAACUAAGAUCCUGCAGAACAAGGGUAAAAAAAAGGAAUCAAACAUUUAUAAUCUGUUUCAUUUUAUUCUGAAACUAUUUUCAGAGACAUAAUAUUUAAUUCAUUUUGUGCUCGAGGAAAGAUGCAAACCAAAUGAAAGUCUCUGAAGAAUUUGUCAACGUUUUAAAAACUUUUGGCUGAGGAGCAAGAAGUUAUAAGGAAAGGUGCAUAGCUUGAAGACUGUAAAGCGAGGUCUGCAGUACAUUGUCAUGGUGUGAGAUUGAUAGACAGUUUUAAUUGGACUGUGCAAUGAAUUGGAAACAUUUUAUUACUAUAAGACUAAUGGCAUAAUUUCAUCACUAGCCUGAAAAGGUUUAUUUAUUGUACUUAUUUAGCAUAUUGGUGGUUAAAAUAUAGAAUUUAUCUCUUCAGUAAUCAGAGGUAAUAAUUCUUCACCUAGCCUACAAGUGCAUUUCUGUUAUGCCGCCGUUAUAAAAAGCAGCAACAGUGCAUACAAAUGCAAACUCUUCAAUCACCUUUGCUACAGUUGUUGGUUUUGUCAUUUUGUAAUAAUCCGAGGGCUACCCUUACAUACAUUUAAAAAAUAGUGUCGUUCUUUAUCUGGUCUUUUAUUUCUUCUCAUUCUUUAUGAUGGUACGUGUACAGCAAUGGUUGGAAUUUUUAUGGUUUUAACUGUGUAUUGAAAUUAAAUACGUAACAAAAAACAUUUAUACGAGUUUUGUGAAAACCAUCAACUACUGUAUUUAUGUAACUGAUCCCGAGGGGGGUGUAUGUUUAUUUCAAGAAUAAAAGAGGAUAUCCUCCCCUUUGUUAUCUUUUACGCACAGUUUAA